GGGUUUUUAGUUGGGGGCGUGUGGAGCGCGUGAACCUGGCACGGGCGCGCGGUUGUCAUCUAAAUCCACGGCUAUUCGUUGCCACGGCGAGCUGGCUCCUUGGCGAUCCUGAGCGAGGCAUGCAAAAGUAAUUUUCCAGACCACUAAGCGGACAAGGACGCGUUUCCAGUCUCUCGUCAUGGGAAACCUGGCGCUCCCCACCAGUUUUUUCAGGACUGAUGCAACCACAUCUGAACCAGUCCCGUCAGGGAGGUUUGUAGCCAGGAGAAUCUGCAACGGUAUAAUUUAUUACUACACUCCAGUGACAGCGGCAGAGCAGCAGACAGUAUGCCUCGCCAGAGACUCUCAGACCACAGCUUCUCCGGGCUCCGUCUCAUCUUCAGUGUCCUCAGAAACACUUUCCCACACAGCUAUUUCCUCCCAAACGAAGUCAGAUGCUGCGUCCAGUUCUCGCCCUCUUCUCCUCUUCUUCUCCUGGCUCGGAGCCCAACCUGGGGCCGUGGCCAAGUACAGAGACCUUUAUCUUGACCGUGGUAUGGAUUUCCUCCUCGUCCAGAGCAGCGUAAUGCACUUUCUCUGGCCUCGAUGGGGGCUCAACUACGGGUUGGACAUUUUAAAUAUUUUAGAGGAGCCUCCUUUCACCGGGAGGCUCGUACUUGUACACGCUUCUUCCAUUGGUGGAUUCACUUUCACCCAGCUACUCACCCACAUUACUCAGCAACCAAAACAGCACGCUGACCUGGCGCACAGGGUGAUAGGGCACAUUUAUGACAGUCUAGUGGUUGGCUCUCUGGAUCACAUGGCGACUGGGCUUGGCAAGACUUUGAUGCCACGUCUAGAGGGCUUCAUCAAAACUACUGCCAUGUUCUACUUCAGGCUCUUCAAGUCCCAAACUGCAGAUAUAUACGAGAGCGGCGUCAAGGUUUUCCACAACAGCCCGGUUACUUCUCCGGCCCUCUUCUUCUACAGCGAAAAUGAUGCAAUGUGCUGCCCUGCUGUCCUGGAAAAGCUGAUGGACUUCUGGAGGCGAAGGGGAGUGUCUGUGGACAGCAGGAAGUGGAAGGAGUCCACGCACGCCGCCCACCUGCGAUGCCACCCAGAAGAGUAUGUUUUCACAUUGCAGCACUUCCUAAACUCCGUCUGUUCCUCCCAAUAAAUCUAAAAUUUCAGCUUUGGCAACAUUUAAGUUUUAAAAAUGUUCAUUACACUUGCACAACAUGAACUACUAUUUCUAGCAGAAUGAACUCUAUAUUAUCUUGUAGCUCUGAUUUUAUUGAAAAACUUCAACUUUUAAAUAGUUUCCUCACCUUUAAACCACCUUUAUUUUUAUGUCUCAUUGUAAUUGAGGUUUGCAAAUAACAUUUUUAUUUAUUUCAGAUUAUUUCAAAUUUGUCAAGUGUAUUAAUUUAGUUUGUUGUUCUGAUCAUAUAGGAUAUUUUGGACAACAUAUAUUUCACAGCUUUAAACCUGACAGUAUCAUCAGUGGAUGGUCUGAGUUAGCAGAAAAGGUAGAGAGGCGUUGGCUGGAGGCCAGUGGUGCAGCCAGUGAAAGGAUACUGAGGGGUUUUUGUUCCAGUUUACUGAAGUGAGGAUUUGGGGGCGGGGCUUAUCCUAGCCACUCAUAAAAUAGGUCAGGGAUGCAGUGACCAGAUGUAGAGAAUAUCAGGAUGAACGUAGAGCUUAUGGUCUUUUGUCUGAUGGAAAACACUUCGUUGAGCGGAGACCCAUAAAAUGCAUCCCUGAUUUUGAAUGAGAACGAAGACGC